GUAUAGGUAAAAAGAGUGUAGGAAAGGGGCGAACUUAAAGUAUUUAAACAACAAGCAAUACCCGAAACCUGCGUAUUUGUUAUUUUUUGUUCAAACGCUGCUGUUGGAUUCGUUUUCUCUCGUAAAAUAAAAAUUUUUAAAUUCACGUGUUUUUUUAUUUAUGUUACGUUAUUUUACGCAACGAAAAAAACAAAGUGUACGGAAUUAAUAAACGCGACAGUGAAUUACAGUAACCGGUUAUUCCCAAGAGCGUAGAAUGGAAAAGAGUAAACAUUCUUUUGGCCAGAGUCAGAAGCGGACUAAAUGGGCAGAACGCCUUAUAUUUGCUAACAGUGUUAGUAUCUUGGAAAAGUUUCUGAAAAUUGUUCAUUGCUUGCUCCAAGAAGCAAAUUGCAUAAAAACACGUUUAAAAAAUGAUACAACAAUUGAACGAGUAUUUCUGGUGCUUGGUUGUGGAUCUAUGAAAACCACUUAUAUUGCAUCUUUACUUACAAUUAUCCUUUUUGCUAAUGGUGUAAAUGGAACUUCCUUUGAUGAAACUAGAAACAAAACCCUCCAUCAGAAAUCUUAUGACUUUAAUUUUGAAUUAGUGUCGACCUCACAAAAUCUAGCAAGUUCACGUUUACGUCGGACCGUCGCAAGUUCAAUUAGAAUAGUGGGCAUUCGCUUGGAAGACGAUACAGUAGAGACAAAUGAAGGCAUACCAAGUGUGUUGAUAGACCAGCAAAAAACUUUUCGAGUUUUCGGUAGCGGUUUACAAAAAAACACUGCAAUAACGUUUACCACCGAAAAUAAUGAUUAUGGUGGUGCAUGUUUAAAGCCAGCAACUGACCUGUUUACCCCUAUAGAAGUGGCCAGCGAUGGAUUUUCAGCGACGUACUUCGUAAGGUUUCCGUCAUUUAUAAAUGAAUUUUACAUUUGUGCAAAAUCUGCUGAGGAAUCAACAAAUCAUAGCAAAGCCGCAACAACAAAGCCUUUAGAGCAUCAAGGAAAUUCUGAUUGUUUGAAAAUAAAAACACACGAACCCUUAUUACCGGUAUGGGUGGCAAUAAUCAUUAUUGUAACAUGUCUAUGCUUUUCGGCUUUAUUCUCUGGACUUAACUUGGGUUUAAUGUCAAUGGACCGCACAGAGCUAAAGAUACUGCGGAACACUGGCACAGAAAGAGAAAAAAAAUAUGCAUCGAAAAUUGCACCGGUUCGAGAUCAAGGUAAUUAUCUUUUGUGCAGUAUUCUCUUGGGUAAUGUGUUGGUUAACUCAACCUUUACCAUUCUACUGGAUGGUUUAACUUCUGGACUGUUUGCUGUUAUAUUCUCCACGUUGGCCAUCGUACUUUUUGGUGAAAUUACGCCACAGGCAGUCUGUUCAAGACAUGGCUUGGCUAUUGGAGCAAAGACCAUAUUAAUAACGAAAACCGUAAUGGCUAUUACAGCACCACUCUCUUAUCCAGUUUCGCGUAUUCUUGAUAAGUUGUUAGGGGAAGAAAUUGGAAAUGUUUACAACCGAGAACGUUUAAAAGAACUGGUUCGAGUUACUAACGAUGUAAACGAUCUCGAUAAAAAUGAGGUAAACAUCAUAUCUGGAGCUCUAGAACUACGCAAAAAAACUGUUGCUGAUGUAAUGACGCAUAUAAAUGAUGCUUUUAUGCUGUCACUAGAUUCAUUACUUGAUUUUGAAACAGUGUCGGAAAUUAUGAAUUCUGGUUAUUCUCGUAUUCCGGUAUACGAUGGCGACAGAAAAAACAUUGUGACGUUGCUUUACAUCAAAGAUUUGGCAUUUGUUGAUACCGAUGAUAACACGCCUUUAAAAACGCUAUGCGAAUUUUACCAAAAUCCAGUUCAUUUCGUUUUUGAAGACUAUACUUUAGACAUUAUGUUUAAUCAAUUUAAAGAAGGAACGAUAGGGCACAUCGCCUUUGUUCACCGCGUAAAUAAUGAGGGCGAUGGAGACCCUUUUUAUGAAACUGUCGGCUUAGUUACUUUGGAAGAUGUAAUUGAAGAAUUGAUUCAAGCUGAAAUCGUCGAUGAAACCGAUGUUUUUGUUGAUAACCGGACAAAAACCAAACGGAACCGAUAUAAAAAAGCAGACUUUUCUGCGUUUGCUGAACGCCGUGAAGUGCAAACCGUUCGGAUUUCUCCUCAAUUAACAUUGGCUACUUUUCAGUACUUAACCACUGCUGUCGAUGCUUUUAAAAAGGAUGUAAUUUCGGAACCCAUUUUGCGAAGAUUACUUAAUCAAGACGUUUUUCACAAUGUAAAAACAAAAGGAAAAAGUAAGGACGACCCAAGCCUUUAUAUUUUCACUCAAGGAAAAGCUGUCGACUUUUUUGUACUUAUAUUGGAGGGUCGAGUGGAAGUAACAAUUGGCAAGGAAGCCCUUAUGUUUGAAAGUGGCCCUUUCACCUAUUUUGGAACACAGGCACUAGUGCCAAAUGUUGUCAUCGACUCUCCAACACAAAUGGGUUCUUUGCAGUCUUUAAAUAUGGAUUCGAAAAUUCGACAAUCCUUUGUACCUGAUUACUCCGUUCGUGCUAUAUCUGAUGUAAUAUACAUUGCAAUUAAAAGGGUUUUAUAUCUCACGGCAAAAAAAGCUACUUUGCUGGAAAAGAGCCGUAAAUCAGGAACAUUUUCCAGUGAGACAUUUGAUGACGAAGUGGAACGUUUAUUACACUCUAUAACAGAGGACGAAAAGCCAAGGUUUCUUGCACCAAAUCAAAGUACAAGACGCCUAUCGAAACCUAUACGAAGCUUGAAUUCUUCGCCCACGAAUAUGGAAUUAUCUCACGAUGAGAAAAGCAACAGUGUCAGUGAACCUAUUAAAGAUGAUCAAAAGAGAAGUAAUCCUGAGCAUACGGAUAAUGCCUCAUUAAGUAGUUUAGUUGCUUCUGAAGCAGGGGAUCUGCAAAAUGGUGAACAUGAUGACAGAGAAGCAACAACAGCUUCCGUGCCCCUUUUGCCAAAGCUUGAUGAUAGAUCUGAAAGUUGGCAAAGAAGACCUCAAUAACAAAAUGAAGUCAAAAUCUAUUUUGGGAAUUAUUGUAGAUAAUAAAAUUUCUCGUAAUAUUCUAAAGCAGUUUUGAAUUUAAAACCUUCAAAACUUAUAGCAACUUGUAACAAAAAAUUUGAAGUUUAAUUUACUUUUGUUGUUCCUCAAUUUUUGUGUAAAUUUAGUUAAAAAUAUUUAAUUACAAAGUUUACAAAUAAUAAUUUAUUUUAUAUUUUUGUAUUAAUGCAUAGAUACCUUGCUGUAAUGUAAUUAAUAGGUAAUAAAUAUACAAAUACAUAUAUGUACAUCAGGUGUUAAAAAAAUGCUUUACCAUCACCAUUAAAUACACCAGUUUUUGGUUUACAAAAUUUUUUUGAAAA